UCUAGGAGGUUGGUACUUGAGUGGUCCGCUCGUGACCCUCCAAUCUGUCCUGGGAAUUUUUUCGGUAUAAUUAUUAGCACAAUACGUUAUUCACUAGCAUAAUUAAUUGAAUUUCCGCUGUGCCGCCCAACAACUGGUAUCAGAGCCGGUUUGAGUUUUUAUAUAUCUAUUUAUCGUAUGCUCUGUGGUUGCCACUAGAUAGUGGAUCCUCCACAUCAGAAAAUAAAUUAGAUAUAUUUAUUGUACUGGGCACUUGUCGAAAAUAUGGAGGCAAAGACUGGCAAGAUGGUCAGUUUAAAUGGCACAAAUUACCACAUAUGGAGAAACAAGAUGAAGGAUCUCCUAUUUGUGACGAAACUGCAUUUACCAGUGUUUUCAACGAAUAAACCCGAAGGAAAAACGGAUGAAGAAUGGGCAUUCGAGCAUGAGCAGGUGUGUGGUUACAUUCGACAGUUCGUCGAGGAUAAUGUGUACAACCACAUUUGUAAUGAGACUCAUGCUCAGACAUUAUGGAAGAAGCUUGAGGAGCUGUACGCGUCGAAAACCGGCAACAACAAAUUAUUUUAUCUGACAAAAUUAAUUCAGAUAAAAUAUCGAGAAGGGACUUCUAUAGCUGAUCACUUGAAUGCAAUUCAAGGG